AUGGCUGAGAACGUGAAGGUCGAUAUUCGCAAUGCUGAUAUGAGCCCCGAGAUGCGAGACUCUGCCGCUAAGAUAGCUGUUAGAGCCGCCUUGGAGUGCAAAGUGGAAAAAGACAUGGCUGGGUUUGUGAAGAAGGAAUUUGACAGAAGGUAUGGUGAGACCUGGCACUGCAUCGCGGGAAAGGACUAUGGCAGUAACGUGACGCAUGAGAAGCAUGCCUUUAUCUACUUCUACGUGAACGAGAUGGCAUUCCUGUUGUUCAAAACCGCGUAG